AGUUGUUGGCUAUUUUUUAACCGCAGUAAAAAAUAAAAUAUAGUUUGAUUACUAUAAUAAUAAUUAUUCCGACGUAUCAAAUUACAGCGAUGCGAUGUUAGUGUGUGUUGUUGCGUGUGCUCGGUCGUCGGUGACGGGACAGGUACUCUGCGUAAAAAAAAAAAACAGAAAAUAUUUUACAAAAAACUAAUCAAAUAUAAACUCAACAUACCGGAACUCCUAUGCCGGCUACACCUACGAUUCAUCGCCGUCACAUGGUCGCCGGAAGUGUUCUUCCGCAUCGGCAGCAACAGCAGCAGCAGCAACCGGUGGUGGAGGCGGACCUGUUGUCGCACGGAUCGGUCAGUCGACGCUUUGGCGGGUUUUGUGUAAAACCGCGUUUGUGAAUAAUAAUUGUGAGUCUGUGCAUGUGUAUGUGUGAAUAUGGGCUGCGGGUCCAGCACCGGUUGUCGUCUGAACAAAGAGUUAUACUUACCGUCGACGGAGCUGCGUUUCAACGCCGGCCAGAUCCAAAGGCUCAACAACAAUUUUCUCAGCGGAUACGAAAAUUCCGAUGAUCUUCCCACGUCCGGUACUUCGCAAGAUACCAAAGCUACCGUCAACAAGAUCGUGCAACGUUUGAUGUGCGGCAUUGGUUUGUUGGAUAAACGAUUUGCUAGUAAAUUUCUGGUCACAGCAGAACCCAUUUCGUCUAACGCACAACUGUCAAAAAGUUUUACCUAUUACAUUCGACUCGAUGCGCUAUCCGAACGGAAAUUGUACGACGACGACGACUUGGAGCAUUCAGUCAGAUGCGUUACGGAAGAAGAUAGCACUCCACAAGGUUUCGCCAAAAUCAGAUUAGUCACUAACGAUCCGGAACAGUGGAAUGAUUUAACCGAUGACGACGGAUACUUAAGACGGGACAAAUUAAAAAUGCGUUUUAUCGAGCUGCUCGCUAUGUCUGCGUCCAAAAACGAUAUUGUCGGUUCGCCCGAAGACGUGGACGAGAGCUACCUGUGCGGAUGUCCAGGCAAAGUGGUUGACGCCGGAGUGUUACACGAAAUCCUCAAAAUUCCAGCGGACGAACACAUGUUUUUUGGACCUGGUAGUUGCGGACCAUGUCAGUUUCCUGAUCCCAAAGAGCUGCGUAUAGCCGUCGUCGAAGACGCCCAAUGCGUGAAGCUACGGAUAUCAGGUCCAAAGUUACCCGGCGAAGUAGCCGUUGUCCUUUUGCCAGCCAUCGAGUUUGAGGGUUUACCCAAAUACACUGAUUUAUUGUCCAGGAUACCGAUUACACACCCGGAUAUUCUUCUCCAUCAAAGAGCGUGUUCUAUGGGAUACUACGUAAUACCCGUGUCUCCGCACCAGACCGUUCGCUGUUACGACCGACAAGCCACUUGGCAGAUCCGUUUCCCGGCGGCUGAGUGCUUGUACCAGACCCACUACUCCGAGCGCAGCGUCAUCAGCAACAUACACCAUUUCCUGCGCACGAAAAUUCCCAAACUGCGCCACGGCGACAACGGCAUGUGCGUGGUCAGCGGAUACAUACUUAAGACGUUGCUGUGGUUCCGGUUGGAGGCGUGUGGCGCCGUCGAGGAAUGGGAUCACGGUUGCGUGGCCGGCCACGUGCUGUCAAUUCUCGACGCUCUGGUGGCCGCAUUGAGGAGCCAACACCACCGUUCAUACUUUUUUCCUUACGCAAACGUCAUGCUGAACGCACCUCGGGCAGGUCGCACUAUGGUUUCGGAAGACGAUUACCAGAAUGACGUAGAAAUUGUCGAGGCAUACUUGUACGGGCUUUUCGAAAAGUCUAUGGGAAGCGAUUCCAUAGUCACCGGACAGGCGUUCGAGAAUCCCGAUCAGGGCUACUGGAUGAACUUGGAGUCGGUAAUGUUACAAAAAUGGCACAGGGUGCUGGAGACCAUAAAUCCUAGAUCACGGAGGGUCGUAUACACGAAGAAACAAGUGGAAUAUGUUAGCGAAGUUUUUAAAGGAAUGUUAGCUACAAGACAAUACGGAAGAGAUUCGACAGCGUGGUGUUUUAUCGAAGACAAAUUACCUCAUUGCGGCGGUGGUAGUCGUGAAGAAAUCAGCUUAGACGCUGCCUACCUAGUGUCAGUUGUGGUAGAACAGGCUAUGACGGCGGCUGGAGCCCGUGGCGGAGUUAAGGCCACUACUAACCACAAAAAAAAUUCCUGUUUCGAGAACGCUAGAGGGAAAGGACUGGCACGGCGACGUAAGGUACGAGAUCCGGCCAAACGUCAAGCUAUGGAUGUCCGACGGGAAGCUGCUCGGCAAUUGUUAUGCAACGUGUAUGCCAGUGCCACGAAUACCGCAAUCAACGGCGACAUAGAACUAGUCGGCUUCGUAUUAGAUCGGUUGCACUCUACCGCAACAUCCGACCGACGUCUUGGACCGGCUCUGCAACCAUUCCUACGUCAGUUACACGAUGUAUCUCGCAAAACUUGCUGGCAUCUAGACGAAUGGCUGCGUCGAUGGGACAGAGACGAGCUACAAUCCUUAGGGACAUUUGCCCGACUGCUCUGUCAGAAUGCCAUACAGCCUACUGAAGCUUUGCUGGACGCCAUACAAAAAGGUUGGUCCUGGGCUGAUAAGUUGCUACUGGCCGUAAUGGAGUUUCAGGACGACGUGGAUAUUAUCUGUGCUCCUGAACGAGGAAACGUAAAACGUUUUAGCAUAUCACUUCCAGAACCAGAACAGGAAACGUUCGCGUCCCGCAGUUUGGGCAGGGCGGCCGACAGACAUUAUUCCGCUCGAGCGGACACCGUUUCAAAUAAAUUCAAAACGGUUAGAGGAAUGUCAUUUUUGGACGUUGACAGUAUGUUAAACGGAGAGAAGAAGAACGCUCCCAAGAGCGCUACCGCCCUUUACAGCCGUUUGCAAUGUCAGAGUCCAAUGACCAUGACCAUCAUCAGUAACAGGUGUAGAAGCAACCAUCGCGUUUUGGGGAACAUAGUCAACGCUUUGAUUACGUUACAAAAAUAUACAAUUUUGCAGGAGAUGUGUUCGAUCCUGCCGGAAGACAAACAAGGACCGGUGCUUGAUGACAUCCGGAAGAUCAGCAAAGAAAGGAGGCGGGAACGUCGGGACCUAUCUAUGGUGAAGGACGUGCAGACCACUGGUGUUUACAGAUCCAUGUCCGAAUUGUCGUUGACUCCCAACACGCUGGAAAGGGUACCAAGUGCAAUGCCACUCAGGACCAUCUCAACCAGUCUAAUAUCCACGGUCAGAGUAGCUAGGCGCAAACAGUCCAAUGUCACUACAGUGUACAAUCCUGCAUUUUACGACGCUCCCGUGGCUUAUGCACACACCGACGCCACUAAUGCCGCCGCAGGCAGGUUCCAAAAUCCGCUGUGUCAGCCGUACUUGCGCAUGACGCACAACAACGGAUUCAGUUUGUCUUCGGAUCCGGUGCUCAAAGACAAAACCACUAAACUGUAAACACAGGCGGUUCAACAGACCAAUUCGCACUUUAAUUUCGUUAAUUUCGUUUUCAUUAUAGGUGUACAUAUACAAUCCUUACUGGGCAGGAGAUAAGGUUAAGACUGUAGCAAGAUGGGGGGGGGGGGGCAAGCAUUGGUCUGAGCCUAAAUGUAUAUAAUUUAGUUUUUGAUUAGGCGCAAUCAUUUUUAGGUAGCUUCUGGAAGGAGUUGAGUUAAUUUUACAACUGAAAAAAUCAAAUAAAGAAUAAUGGUCGUCGACGAUAAUAAAAAAUAAUCGUAUUUCCAAAGUCGUUCCGUAUUGUAUAUAUAUCAGUUAUUCAUUUUACUAUAAAAUUAUGGUAUUAAUAUAUAAACCCCAUAUCACCCCUUCCCGGAGGUGUGUACGCCUCUGAUUCUAAAUAACGGUUAUAAACACCUGUACUUCAUAUUAUAAAAUAUAAUAUAUCUCUAAGUAAAACCUCAUUGAAGUUUGAACUAUACUUUUAGCACCGAUGUUUGUGUACACUUUUUUUUUUUUAGGGUAUUUAUAUUAUUUUGUUAUUUUUGUACGUUUAUAAAAUGUUACUACGUUUAAUGUA